UUUCAGCGAAAAAUCUAGUAAUGGUAAUGUUGUCCGCUGGUUGGGACCUCUCGUACGAAAGUUUAUUUAUACGUUGUUAUUUCCAUAAUUUGUUUACAUCUUGUUCUGCGUCAGGUACGGCACUAUAUUGUAACAAAAUUGUUGAAAUAUUAAAUAAGAAAUUAUAUAUGACUGUGACGAAUGUUGGAUAUCUGUAUUUUAAUAAAUUCAAGAAUCAGGUUUCUCUGUCUUGUGUGUACCGGCUGCCUGAAGAAGAUUGAUGAAUCAGUUGUCAAGAUAAGAGAUUGUAACUACAAGAUUUUUCGUUGCGAGUCAUACUGUACGUAUACGGGAUGCAUUUGUUGAGAGCAAUCUCUGUAGGCUUCAUCCUUCCUUUCGUAAUCUUGGUUUGUGUCGUAAGCAGUGACGAACUAACUGACGAACCCGUGACACAAUCGAUAUCCGCCGGAGAUGUUGCUUAUCGGCAAGAGAACGAGCAGGAUGUGAACAAAAAGAAAGAAGAAGAGAAAAGUGUGGAAAAGACUACUAGUGAAGCAGUAAACGUGACAAGUACUGUCACGACCAAUAUCACUAAAGUGAAUUGCUCGUCGGAGAAGAUUCAUGGUCCCGUUGAGAUUGUUAAUGCAACGAGGCUUAUGGAAUUAUUGAUUUUGGAACCUGGACCAUCGAAUCGCUCGAGAAAUGACAAGGAUGGUAAGCAGUUACCAGGAACGUGCGUUCUAGUGUUAUUCUAUGCUAGAUGGUGCAUAUUUAGUAGCCAAGCGGCGCCACACUUUAACGCCAUACCUCGUUCAUUUCCUCAUAUGAAAGCUGUGGCUAUCGAUGCCAUAAAGCACCAGAGUUUCAAUGCUCAGUACGGAAUAGUUGGGGUGCCAACGUUGAUGCUCGUUCACAAUGGUAAACCUGUCGCUAAGUUUAACGAUACUGCCUAUACUUUGGAGUCGUUCGCCAAAUUCGCGUCCCAUCAAACGAAUCUGCAACCGAACGGCUCGCUGUACGUUACAUCGGCGGACUUUACUGGACCGGUUUCGAGCGUACCUUCCAACGAAACGGACUAUUGCUUGGUGUUGUCAUGGAUCUUUAUCGUUGCCUGCAUGUUGUAUUUCACGUCGCGUAGUAGAUGGUGGCAACAAUUUAUUGAGCUUAUUCAGAAUACUUGGCGUGAGAGCAACGCGCAACAUGAGCAUGUCGAUUAAAAGAAACAACCUUUAUUGUUAGUUAACUAAUUGAAUUAUUUAUUUAUUACAACUUUGUAAAUAAAGGGAGAAGAACAAACGAGUA